UUACUCUGCCGGGCUCUGCGAGGGCUUUCGGUUUUGGCCUCUGUGCUCAGUCGCAUGUUGUUUGGCUGCAGCAGACCUCUGUAAAGGCUACUUCCCUCUUCUUCUGGUGAAGCUUCUCGCCCUGUUCGAGUUCCUCAUCCUGUUCUCGUAGUAUUUUAAAUUGCAAGCCUUUUUCUCGUUUUUGUGGUUUUGAAAAGAGGAAAACUUUUGUUUCGACCAAGGGUUGAAACUGCGACUUUUGCCAUUUGGUCCUCUGCAUCUGCACUGUGUAGCUUUCAAGAACUCCCGAGUUCAUCUCCGCGAGUUCCCAGUUCCCACACUGUAGUUGCUCUACCUUUUCUGUAAUCCCGUUGCUCCCCGGCCAGUUUCUUUCCCGCAUUCUUUUACAAGCUUGCUUCUCUUUUUGAAGCAUCUGCUCCCCUGCUGCAGCUAGGAGGACCACGACGCACGCCAUGGGGCGCGCGAUGAGGUGGCUCAAGAAGGUGCUCACCGGCACCAAGAAGGAAGGGGAGAGGGGCCGCAAGGAGCACAGUAAUGCCGCGUGCGCCAGCGGCGGCCUCGGGCUCGGGCCGCCGCCGGUGGAGAAGAGGCGGUGGAGCUUCGCGAAGCCGAGGCACAGCAUGGCAGACGGCGGACGGAGGCCCUCGGUGACCGCCGUCGCCGCCGGGGAGCUGUCGCAGGUGCGGCCGUGCAACUGCGGCCUGGAGCGCGAGGUGGAGGCCGCCGUCGUGAUCCAGAAGGCCUUCAGAGGGUACUUGGCGAGGAAGGCGCUGCGUGCUCUCAAGUCGCUCGUGAAGCUGCAAGCUCUGGUGCGUGGCUACCUCGUGAGGAAGCAGGCCGCCACGACGCUGCGCAGGCUGCAGGCGCUCAUGAGGCUCCAGGCCAGGACGGCGUCGUCCCGGAAAUCUGUUGAACAAGAGCGGAUUGGUGGUGCGCGCGUGAAGCCGGUGGUGCACCGCCGCCGGCUGUCCGACGGCGGGGACAAUGGGUUCGAUCGCAGCCCGCGGAUCGUGGAGAUGGACACGUGCCAGCUCCGGUGCCGGUCGUCCCGGAUCACGAGCCGGUACGCCGCCGACCCGCCGGGCGCCUCGCCGCUGCUCUACUUCCAAAAGCCGGCUUCGCGCCUCCUGGGGCAGGAGCUCGAGCCGCCGCACCCCAAGACGACACACAACACGCCCCGCCUCGGCGCGUUCCCGGGCUUCCCCGGCUCGCCGGCGUCGAAGUCCGGGCGCGGCGCCACGUGCCGGGACGCCGGAGGCAGCCCGCGGUACAUGGCGGACACGGCCUCGUCCGUGGCGCGCACCCGGUGGCAGAGCGCGCCGAGGCAGCGGCAGGGCGAGCACGCGGCGGCGCAAGGGCAGGUGGCCGAGCCGAGGCCCAGCGUCCGGCGCAGCGGGUCCAGGAAGCAGGCGCGGCCGCAGCUGCAGGCGCUGGAAAGCUUCAGCUUCAAGAGCUCGGAAGCGAGCCGCGUGGAGGACUCGGAGCUCAGCGACGAGGUCACCAGAGACUACUACCUCGACCGGCUCUGGUGAUUCCGCCAUGGCAUCACCAGCUGGUUGAGGAGGAGGAGAUUUUAACAUUUUGGUACAUAUUAGCAUUAGGAUUAUUAGGAUCAAGAAGGCUUAGAUCAUGGCGAGAAUUGACUACUAAUCUAGAAGGAUCAUGUAGCUCGAUCGAAUAUCAUCAGAUCGAACGAAAUAAGGGGCUGUUUGGAUACGAGGUGCUAAACUUUAACAGUGUCA